AUGCGGUUCAAAGUUCCAUGGCAGUGGUGGAGAAAGCAUCCUGUGCAGCAUCUGCUACACUUUUGUCUUGUCAGUUCUUUUUAAGAAUCAUGAAAACAUCCCAGUGGUAAGUGAAUUAAAUGUUUGUCUGUGCAGUCUCUCAGUCAAGGUAAUAUAAAAAGGUUGAUUCAAAGCAACUUAAUUGUUCUUGUCUGUGAAGAUGUUUCUUUCACUUUUAAUCCUUCAGACUUCAAUUUCAGAUUUAGUCGUGAAGUCCCUCUAUUUUUGCCUCGCUUGGUGAAUUCUCUGGGGGUGGUCACCAAUUAGUUUUUUCAAGCUACCUUUGUUUCAAACUUCAAAUAAGGGUAUAUCUAUUUAGAAGAUCAACAUAAAGGAGGACGAGGAGGAGUAACUGACACUGAUUGGCUUUACAACAAGAGAAGUUGUACUUCACACUUUGAUUUUUGUUUGUUUUAACUCUAUUUGAAGCGUUAAUACUGUAAUAAUUUGUUAAUUUUUGGUGGGGGUGAGUAAAUUAGUUUUAUUUAUUUAUUUAGUUAGUUAGUUCUUUGUUUGUUCAUUCGUUUUCCAAAUUAUUAUUUAGUAUAUUGGUUAAGUUGGAGGAUUUAUGGAAACAAGAACUAAAUAAAAAAAUAAAAUUAAAAUAAAAAAAGACGGAUUUGUACAUAGAUAUCACAUAUCUAGAGAGGUAGAUGUACAAUGCGCGCUGUGAGCCAAACGAAACGGUCAUCAUUCCUUGUCGGCCGUUUUGUGUGAGUGCCAUUUACCAAACAUGAGUGUACUUUGAAAUAGCUAUAAAUUGCUAACUUUUCACCGAUUUUCAAUUGGUUUUUCAUUUACGUUAGAGAUGGAUUAAAUGAAGUACAUACGUAAUAAUAAUAGUACGGUUUGUUAUAAAGCAAACCACUGAAAUAUCCGUCAAGAUUUUGCCAAGUAAAGAAUAUUUUAGUGGGAAAAAAUGACUCACCUUCGGUUCGUUGCCAGAGAAGUUUGCUGCUUUAAGAUGGCCGCCGGUCACUAACGCCACCGACUCCGACAGAAUCCAUCUAGCGUUCUUUAUAGUAAUGUGUCUGGUCUUGUAAAUGCGUUGUUUGAAUACGCAUGUGUCAAGUAAAGACACGCCCCUUACAUGGCAGUCUCGUCUUUCCGAUUGGACCACAUUCCGGAAGUGUUUUUUGUCGCGGCGUAAACAACAGUGAUCAACUGUGUGAUUUUUCAGUCCGUUCAUUAUUAAUAUUAAUAAAUUUCAAAACGGAGUAUGAGUACGCCAUGUGAAAUACGUUCGCCUUCUGUGCAAAACAGUGCUGUUCCUCCUUAGCAGAUAGUUUAUUGUUUAGUAGCAAAUUGCAAGUAAACUACUAUAACUCCAGAAAUGGACUGCGUUGUGACGGGCGGAAUGGUGAAAGUGUUGGCCAAAGCUAUCCACUCCUUGUCCAGAAUUGGCGACGAGCUCUACGUUGAGUCGCAGCAAGAUGGGCUAGCCCUGCGAUCUGUGAACUCCUCUCGGUCAGCUUACGGUUGCUUCCUGUUUACACCUCUCUUCUUCAGCAGGUACACCAACCCCAAUGGGCAUCAUUUCCGCUGCAAGAUGGCAAUAAAGAGUGUUCAGUCAGUGUUCAAGUCACUAUCAUCUUUGGAGAAGACGGUGGAAAAGUGUCACAUCAAGCUGGACGAGAAAAAAGAUCGCCUUACUUUCACACUGCAUUGCAAACAUGGUCUCUUGAAGACUCACAACCUGUCAUUCCAGGACAGUGAGAGCUUACAGGCUGUGUUUGAUAAGGACAGUUGCAGGAAUGUAUUUCGAGCCAUUCCAAGGUUGCUUGUGGACACAGUUGCGCAUUUCCCGCCAUCUCUGGAGGAAGUGACCCUUUCAGUCAGUGAUGAACGAAUGUGGCUCAGGAGUCAUGUGGACGAGGACUUAGCGCAGUCCAAGGCUAUGCUAACCGAACUGUUUCUAGCUUCGGACGAAUUUGAACAUUUUGCUGUCCAAGCUCACAUCAGCAUCACCUUCUGUCUAAAGGAGCUACGGGGUAUGCUACCUUUUGCCGAGACUGUCGGUCUUCCUAUUUCUAUGUACUUUGAUGAGCCGGGCAGCCCUUUGGUGCUCUCUGUAUCAGACACCGUCAUGGAGGGAAACUUUGUUCUGGCCACACUUUUGGACGAUAACAGAAACCAGACAAGAAGGGGGCACAGUCCCCCAGCUGCCCCAUCUGACGACUUGAUGAAAGAUGACAUGGAUUCCUACCUCAUCGCCAUGGAUACCAGUAUCUCCCCGGGUCCAUCUGCACCUGAAUCCAUAAAUUCAAUACGACAUUCAGUAGUAAAUCACAGGACCAGCCUGCCCAGUGAAGAGGAUGAAGAGGAGGAAAUGGCAGAAAAAGAUGGGCCACCAAAUAAGAAGUUCUGUUCGUUGUUGUUCGGAUCGGUGCUUCCCCCGUCGUCUCAAAUGAGCACUCAGCCGAAGAGCAACCAGGAAGUACUCGCCAGUGACAGUGAGGACGACACACAAAUAUAGACUGACUGAAAAAAAAAUAUUUGUUAAUUUUCCACUGGACGUUUUUUGCUGUGAGAAGAUUAUGCAGAGAACUUCCACAGCUAGUGUAAAAUAAUCAACAUAUUUUUGUAUUAAUAUUUGCAUCAAGAACUUUGUGAAAUCAUGUUGAAACUAACCAUGAAGCACUUGUUUUGAAUCAGGGAUGCAAAUAUUUUUCUUUGAAUAAACUAAA